AUGGCAACGUUUAACCCUGAAAACGUUUUAACACAGACGCAGGACUCCGAUGAAUUACAAGAAAUGCAUUGUGAGCAAUGCGAGAAACAUUUCAAUAAGAAUAUAACUGCUGAAGGCUUCUGUGUAGACUGUAUGGAAUAUAUGUGUCAAACUUGCUUAAACUACCAUAGGAUAUACAUGUCACAACAUGCGUUAAAGGAUAAAGAUAGCAUGCCGCAAGAUUUCUGUUUUGAAAAAUGCACCAUACACCAGAACCUACUCAUUAAAUUCUACUGUUCUGCGUGUAAAAUCUUUGCUUGUUCUGAAUGCAAGAUUAAUAGUCACAUAAACUGUGAAGACGUCAAUCAUUUGCCGACCAUUGUGUAUGGAAUUGAACAAAGUGAUGAAUUACAAGAGUUAACUAAGAAUUUGGACAGCAUUUCGAGGGAAUUAGAGGACACAAAAGUGAAAAUUGAGUCAAAUAUAAAGUUUGUUAGUGUACAGGAAGCCAAAGCAAAAUCAACAAUAAAAAAACGUAGAGAAGAGGCAUUAAGCAUUUUUAAAGAACAACAGGGAAGUAUAAUUCAACGUUUUAAUAAGGAAAUGUCAGAAACGAUAGCAAGAUUGCAUAAAAAGAGAAAAGAUCUUAUGAAACAAGCUGCAGAAAAGCAAAGAAAUUUUGAAAUGAAAAUUGACAAGGCAGAAAACGAAGUUACAAGGGAAGCUGGAAACGCUAAAAACGUUGACUUGAAAAGCCUUGAGUCAAUACGAAAGAAGAAUGAAAGGUUAGUUAGAGAUCUGAAAAUACAAAUGUCAGAUCUUACGCAAAAUCGAAAUUCAGGCCAAAGAUGUAAAUUGUUUUAUACUAUGAAAAAUAUUGAACAAAAUAUGGAUAAUUUAAAAAUUGGGGUAAAUGAGCUGAAAGAAAACAAUAAAUUGCAGUAUUAUAGUGUUGAACCUGAGGAAAAUACACUGACUGAAGAAGCUAUAGAAACUGCACCAAAUUUGUUCCUCUGUCGGAAAGUGAGUAAAUCGGAAAGAAAGAGAAUGGCUACACUCCACUGUGCCUUACAAGUUGAAGGUCUUAGGGGUCGAAGCUUAUGCCUGUUGUCAGACAGACAACUCCUUUACACAGAUUAUAAAGAAGGUGCUCUUCUAGUACUUAACAAUGUAACGCACACUAAAAAAACAUUUUCAAGAGCAGAACUACCAUCUUCUCCAUGGGCGAUAGCUAAAGUUGAAAACAAUAAAAUUGCUGUUACUCAUCCUCAAGAAGGAAUCAUCAGGAUGGUAACAUUUAGUAAAUCUGGAGAAGUAAUAAAAAUUGAUAAUAUAGCAUCAGGUAACCAUUGCUAUGGUAUCGCCUACUGUAGUGACAAACUCGUUGUCUCUUAUACCGCCAGUCAUCCCAGAGUUCAAAUAUUGGACAUGUCUAGUAAAGUACUUAAAACUUUUGAUCAAGACAGCAGUGGACAGCCUUUGUUUAAAGAUCCUCACUAUGUUGCUGUCAGUCCGGAAAAUGAAAACAUUUAUGUAUCUGACUGUGUUAAUAACACAGUGACAAGUUUGGACUUGGAUGGUAAGGUAAAAGCAAUCUACAAGGACAAUGACCUUAAGGAACCAUAUCAGCUAACAGUAGACGAGUGUGGCUCAGUGUAUGUGUGUGGACAAUCAUCAAACAAUAUCCAUCAGUUAUCAUCUAACCUCGCCAAAGUGAACAUUCUUCUAGACAAACAUCACGGAAUAGACCUACCAGUGAGUGUUACUUACUGCCAGAAGAACAACAGGCUAUAUGUUGGACUAUGGAAUGGGACAGUUAAAGUGUUUAAUUUAACACUUAAGUAA